GAAGAAGAAGAGAGAAGGAAAGAAGAGGAGAAUGGGAAGAGGGAGAGUAGAAUUGAAGAGGAUAGAGAACAAGAUAAAUAGGCAAGUGACGUUUGCAAAGAGAAGAAAUGGCCUUUUGAAGAAAGCAUACGAGCUUUCGGUUCUAUGUGAUGCAGAGGUUGCUCUCAUCAUCUUCUCUAAUCGAGGAAAACUGUACGAGUUUUGCAGUAGUUCCAGCAUGAUCCGGACACUGGAGAGAUACCAAAAGUGCAACUAUGGACCUCCAGAGCCCAAUGUACCUUCAAGAGAGGCCUUAGCAGUUGAACUUAGUAGCCAACAGGAGUAUCUUAAGCUUAAGGAGCGUUACGAAGCCUUACAAAGAACCCAAAGGAAUCUAUUGGGAGAAGAUCUUGGACCUCUUAGUACAAAGGAGCUUGAGUUACUUGAGAGACAGCUUGACUCUUCUUUGAAGCAGAUCAGAGCUCUCCGGACACAGUUCAUGCUCGACCAGCUCAAUGAUCUCCAGAGUAAGGAACGCAUGUUAAACGAGACAAAUAAAACUCUCAGGCUAAGGUUAGCUGAUGGAUAUCAAAUGCCACUUCAACUCAACCCGAGUCAAGAAGAUCAUCAUGUUGACUAUGGUCGUCAUGAUCAACAGCAACACUCUCAUCAUGCUUUCUUCCAGCCUUUGGAAUGCGAACCCAUUCUUCAAAUGGGCAGGUAUCAGGGGCAUCAAAAUCAUGGAAUGGAAGCAGGACCAAGUGCAAUUAAUUACAUGUUGGGUUGGUUACCUUAUGACACUAGCUCUAUUUGAAUCUUUCUUCAAUUUUUGACAUUUUAUAUGAAAACUCUCUUCCCCUCUUAGCUACAUGAUGAUUGCCUCGCUCUAUAUAUCUCUGUCUUGUAUGCAUUUGUGUGUGUGUAAUGUUUAUUAUGCCCUUCUACAAUUAAAUAAUUUUUUUGGACACAUUA